AUGAACAAUGCUUCGACAGUGUGCCACCCACCACUGUUCGCUGUGAGCCACCCACCACUGUUCGCUGUGAGCCACCCACCACUGUUCGCUGUAAGCCACUCACCACUGUUCACUGUGACCCACCCACCACUGUUCGCUGUGAGCCACCCACCACUGUUCGCCGUGAGCCACCCACCACUGUUCACUGUGAGCCACCCACCACUGUUCGCUGUGAGCCACUCACCACUGUUCGCUGUGAGGCACCCACCUCUGUUCACUGUGAGCCACCCACCACUGUUCGCUGUGAGCCACUCACCACUGUUCGCUGUGAGCCACCCACCACUGUUCACUGUGAGCCACCCACCACUGUUCGCUGUGAGCCACCCACUUCUGUUCCCUGCUCCAUGCUUCUUAUUCCAACUGGGCUAG